CGUAUCGUAAGAGCACAACACGCUUAGAGCUGUCACUAAUCAAUCAUGCAUACAGCAGGCAUAAAAGCAACGCAUAAAAGGAGUCAGAAAUUCGGCAAGUCCUUCAGCUAAGGGAAGACAAACCACACCGAGGUUUAUCUCCAUGGAGAGAGCCACUGACAAGCUGAACCAUGAAAACGAAUCGACAACUCUGGGAGUACCAGAGGCUGAAAAGUGUGGUCCUGCACCCACUGCGGAAGGCGCUGCAGAAACAAGCGGAGCAGGACCCCGAACAGAAAAUGCUGCAGAUGUGAAGAGGCUGGAACUCACUGAAGAACACAUUCAAGAAGUGGAGAGACCUUCAGGCACAGAGCAAGACAGUCCUGAUGCCUUUAAACCAGUAAUUCUGCAAAGAGACUGUCCAAACUCAAAGCCACUCGUUACGCUAACGAACUCAAGCUCUCCCGAAGUAUGCAGGUCCGGAAUGAACCACCAGUGUCCAACCACAGCAUCUAUUGAUAUGGACUGCCUUGUCUGCUUCAACAAGUACAACAUCUACAGAGUACCAAAGCUCCUGGACUGCCAGCACGCCUUCUGCGCCGUCUGCCUCAAGCUUAUACUCAGGAAAGAAGAGAGUACCUGGAUAAUCACCUGCCCCCUGUGCAGAAAACCCACUUUUGUGUCAGGAGGACUCAUCCGCACACUUCAAAAUAAAGAAGACAUCAUGAAGCACCUGGAAAACCCCAAUUCAAAUCCUGAGGUACACAUCUCUGCUGUAGGGCUGGACGGCAACAGCUGGAUUCAGACCGGCCAAGACGUGUUAUACAGAGACGACAACGUUGCAGCAGACAACAGACUGGCUAUCCAGAGACUUGUGCUGCUCCUGCUGCUUGUGGUGAUUCUCACCAUCCUCAUCCUCCCGUUUAUACGCUCUGGGCUGAUAAAAUGGGUAAUUUGUCUCAUGCUUAUUUUGGGGUUGGUCAUGUCUAUGGUGCUUUGCUGCACUCCGAAAUUCUACUGGAGGUGUAACAGGGACUUGCUCACCUCCUGCCACAAGGAGACCCACAUCACUGCCAUUGCCUGAAGCAAUUAAUGCGAGCUGCCUAGAGAUAAUUGCCUGGUCCUGCCUGGAAAGCCACAUGUUGGACACACCAGUUCGUUACUGGACUUUGAAAGCAAUCAUUCACAUAAUAAAUGCAACAGGUGGCUAAGGUAUCCUGCUCAGGCUCAACCGCAAUGCACAGCGUUGUUUCAUUUAAUUACUGGAAACACAGGAAAAUAUUUAUAUAUUGAUAUUUAUGAGAUUAAAAACUGUAAGGUUUCCACACAAUUUUUAUUCCAGACUAAUAAUUUUGUUGUUUUGCUCAUGUCAUUUUGUUCUUGCUUGUAUCAUCCCCCGAUGACACUGCAAACAUUAUCUGAAACACCUGACAGAUGACGUCCUGGGGAAAUUCCUAGCCGUGGUUGCGUUUUCCCACUCUCUUAACACAUGUACGCCUCUUCUUGUGACAAGGUAGGGAAAGACGACCGCUAAAUCAGGGACUGGAUGCCUAGCCUCGGUGGAAGAGAGUAGUUUUAACCCAGGUUAUCACUUUAAUCCCUAUCAUUGCCCAAACAGUUGUUGGCAGGAACGGGAAAGGGACUGGGAAAAAGGGAUGUCAGCUGGUGCUGUUUUAAGCUACACAUAAAAUGGGAGAGGAAGAAGCAAAAUCAGCUCUCCUCGUCUGGAGCCUGUGGCUUGCAAAGGGCAAGGCUCUCAAAAGCUCAUGACACUCCAAAUUCCCCAUGCUAUUUAGCACAGAAAUAGUUCCUCUUGCCUGAACUCCCUUAUGCGUCUCCCUGCACCACCUCUUGUCUUGCACUCUUUACAUUAAGUAUGGCAUUGUCCUGGGGGAUGCCCAGAGACACACAGACACGUGUCAAUUGCUAUGCCAUACCACGUGUGAGAUUUCUACAUGGAUCGUGUCCAUUAAAGUUUAAUAAUGUUA